CCGAUGGCAAAGUUUGCGUCCCGAGGGCGUCCCGCCCGAGGGACAGCAAUUGCCUGAGGUUAUUAAGGCUCAUUAAUUCCCGUGGUACAUAGAUAAUUUUAUUUCUGACCGAUUUCAAUAAAAUAUUGUUUAUUUUUAAAACGGAAAAAAUGUACCAAUUUAUUACCUUCCCAGUAUAUUUGAAUCAGGUACCAUUGAUUAUAAGAGUUUUGUUGUUGCUAGGUUGUUGCUAUGUUACGUGUUUAUAAACAGAAUUGUUACUUGCUUAUAAACAGUACUUUGUUAUCAAGCUGUGUUUGCGUUAAAAACGUGUUUUCUACCCCAAAUAUAAUGGAGCAGAUUUUGAAAAAAGCUGAAAAAGCAAGAGAAUCAUUAAUUCCAUCGAAAAGUGAAGCCGUAUACCAAAAAGAAUACAAGAUAUAUCUGGAGUGGCUGACACGGAAUAAUGUUAUGCCAAAAGAUGCCACUGAAACUGUAUUACUGGCAUAUUUUCAAGAAUUGUCAGAAACGUAUAGUCCGAAUUCUUUAUGGACUAAAUGGUCAAUGCUAAAAUCGAAGGUGAAUAUACAUGAGAAACGAGAUAUCGCCAAGUUCAAUGAACUAGAGGCUUUUUUGAAACGGAAGAGUAAGAGUUAUAAGCCGAAAAAGUCUGCUGUUUUAUCUCCUAAUGAUGUUAUCAGAUUUCUAAAGAACGCUCCUAAUGAAAUUCAUUUAUUGCAUAAGGUUGUUUUGAUUAUGGGUUAUUUUGGAGGAUGCAGAAGUCAGGAACUUUUGAAUAUGAAGAUAUCGGAUAUAGAGGACCGGGAUUCCGUUNGUUUUAGGUUGUUUUGA